AUGUCGACUGUCAUCAACCAGAAGACGAGGAACCAGUUCCGCCCGCGUGCGGGCAAGGGCGGCGUCAACAGCUAUCAGCUUAGGCAGUAUGCCGAAGUCACUCUGGGAGGAGGCAGCUUGCGCAAGGUCGUCAAGCUGCCCGAGGGCGAGGACGAGAACGAAUGGUUGGCAGUCAAUAUGGUGGACUUUUACAACCAGAUCAAUCUCCUCUACGGCGCCAUCACCGAGUUUUGCUCGCCUCAGUCAUGUCCGGAGAUGAAGGCUACGGAUGAGUUCGAAUAUCUCUGGCAAGACAACGAGAAUUACAAACGGCCGACCAAGAUGGCCGCCCCGGCCUACAUUGAACAACUCAUGACAUGGGUUCAAGCCAAUAUUGACAACGAAUCCGUCAUGCCCAGCAAGAUUGGCGUCCCCUUUCCGAAAUCGUUCCCGGCCUUGAUUCGGCAAAUCUUCAAGCGCAUGUAUCGUGUAUACGCACACAUCUACUGUCAUCACUAUCCGGUGAUUCGGGAGCUGGGACUGGAGCCGCAUCUCAACACCAGUUUCAAACAGUAUGUGCUGUUCAUUGAUGAACACAGCUUGGCGAGCGGGCGUGAUUACUGGGGACCUCUCGGGGACCUCGUUGACAGCAUGUUGAAGAGUGACUGA